AUGGUCGACCCAAUUACCCUCUAUCCGGCUACUUCUCAUCGGGCCAACUACACCUCUUCGGUCCAUUUGCCUCUUCUUUUAACCGAGGCCUCGUUUAACCAACAGGCACCUGCAUCCUGUCCUGGCACUGACGCCGAGAGCCUCGGCUUAUUUGUUGCAGAUUCAGAGACACUUUUAUGCAAAGUGAUAUUUAGCCGACUUGAUAAAUUGGAAGAGACUGGUAGUGAUAAGGGGUACAUUGGUCUGCUAUUAACUCUUGUGUUUUGUCUCUAUUCUAUUAAUGUUAUUUAG